GUUUGCAAAGUUGCUAACUUCACGUAGUUUGGAUAUAUUGCUUCAUUUUUUCAUUUGCUUCGCCGACGCAAAUGUUUUGCCUAACUUGGAGACGUUGACCAGCUGUUCAAAAAUACUUACUUUACUUUUUGUUUAUACUCAAUCAUAAAUUUAAACAUCUAAAAUGCCAAAAGUUGUGUCACGAAGUAUAGUUUGUUCUGAUUCAAAAGAUCAAGAAGAAUAUAAUGACGAUUCGCCAUUAAAUAUAUAUUACUGUUUGUGCGGCAAACUUUCAUUAAUAUUGGAUUGUGCUUUAGAAAAAUUACCCCUGAGGCGGACAGACGGCGCAAGAGUUAUAAAUGGGAAACAACAUGCCCAUAAACUUACGUAUCAAGAAGGUGGUAUUGAAUACAUACGGAGAAAAGCAAAAGGAAUUGAAAAACAAUAUCGUUUUAAAUGUAAGUCUUGCAGACUUCCAUUAUACUAUCGACAUGAUCCAAAUUCUGAGAAUACAUUUAUCUUUCACCAUGCGCUUGUGAAAACUAAAAAUGACAUACACCUUAAUCUGGAACCACGCACAGCAAAAACUCAAACUGUGGGCGAGAGUGAAAAGGUUAUGGUAACCAGACAUACGAAAAACAUGGGCAAAUUCAGUUCGGUAACAGUGUCAACAAUAGACGAAGAAGAAGAUGAGAUCGAAGCGCGUGAAAUUGCCGACAGCUAUGCUAACAAUGCUCGAAUUAUCGAAAAACAACUUCAACGAAAAGGCGGCAAACUUUCUGAUUUGGGAACCAGGAACAAGCUAGAUGAAGUCGUCCCACCGAAAAAGCCAAGAGGAACAUUAUUAGACAUUUAAUGAAAAAAAUUAGAUAAAUUUUGUAAAAAUAUGUGAAGUCUUGUUCACAUCAUUCUUUUUUUUUUUUUUUUUUGUUUAUUUACUCCAAAAAUUAAAUAAGCAAAAUAAUCGCCCUUAUUACGGUCGGCGUUGUCGUAGGCGUUCAUGUGUCGUAGACGUAGUCGUAGGCGUUGUCAUAACUAUUUUUUUUUGGUAUUAUGUACAAUUUUCGAAUACGUCUUUUAUAUAAUAGAUGUUAAAAAGCAGGGUGCUUUGCAAUAACAAACAUUUGUAGAAUUUACGAGAUACCCGGAAAAAUAAAUAAAAGCGCCAGUUGAAAUGGUUGAAGUAAAA